AUGAAUAAUAAUUUAAUACUCGAAAGUUCUUAUAUUAUUCAACUCCCAUUUCCACCCGAAAUUACGGCUAAAGAUUUCAUCAAUCGAAGAAAUCCGGAUCGAUUCUCAGCAAAAGGUCCCAAUGCGUUUUUCAUAUUUCGUAAAGAAAUAGUCUCAUAUCUAAAAAAAAAUAAUUUAAAAUUCAAAAUGCAAGAAGUGUCUGCGAUUGCCGGGAGGUCCUGGAAGGAAUCACCACCUCACGUUAAAACGACAUACAAAUUAAUUGCAGAAGAAGUUGAAAUACUCUUAAAUAAAGUUCGUAAUAAGCUGAAUUAUGCAACAGAAAGAAUGAACAUGUUUCCGAUAAUUCAACAUCAAUUUGUUGAUUUGUCAUCACAAACCCAAUUCUAUGAACAAAAUUUAUAUACACCCGAAUUUGAAUACGAAAGUAUUAACAGCGAAAGUAUUAUUGACGAAAAUACUGUUGAAGAAAAUAUUAAUCCGCCGCGAACUGGAUAUAAUAUAUGA